AGCUCAACUUGGCAAUCUUUGUGGCCCUACGCUUUUGCUUACACCAUUUAUUUUCCCUUUUCUCCCGUUCUCUCUCGCUUCGGACUUUUUGAAUCUGUUUUUGUUUUCAACGUUUACCCUUCAUCUGUGUUGACGUUCUGGGGAACGUGUGGACAGCCCCUCUCCUUGUUGUUGGGCGGCUUGUCUCGCGUCGGCGUUUGCUGUUCCCUCUCGUCAUUACGUCUCUCUGUUCGCGUUUUGUUCGUUUCUCUUGCUCUCGUUGGGGUUCCAUUUACAAGUUGGCUUGCUCGCUAUGCUGAACUAUUGCCUCUUUUAAAAGAGGGAAUACCGUGCUCUCCCGUCUCUGUGUGUUUGCACACACAGUUCCUUAUACUCGACAUCUUAGAAUUAUCUGACUCUGUAAUAUCGUCUUAACACAUGGCGGCCUCGGCCCUUGUAUCAAUGCGUUCGUCGUCAUCCUCGUCCAACCAGGCGGCUGCGCCUGCUGCAGAGAGAUCAAAUGGCGUUGUGGGUGUUCAAGGCCCAUUAGUGGAGAAGCGUCACUUUGCGGAUCCUACACCGAGUAUUUUGAGAAGAAGCCGUAAUAGCCCUGAGGAAAUGAAGCGUGGUUUAAGUGCUGGGAGUUCGUGUAAUAGUACCUACACGAAUGAUGAAAGGAUCAGUCCCACCGGCGAUGGAGGACGCAAAGUACACUUUUUGGAGCUUCUUGGUCCUAUAAAGAAAUUUCUCGGCAGAUCUCCCAGUAAUACUGGCCAUGCGAGAAAUAGUAGCAACGGCCCAGGUGCUACUACCCCUGGUAAUGGAACCGUUCCUGCAGCUCAACAUCAGGUUGCUGCAGCAUUCGCUCGUCCAGUAGCUAUACGCGCCAAUACUGCCCCAGUCAACAACUCUACCCCGUGUACACUGAAGGAGAAAUACGGAAAGCCUUGCCAACUCCUGGGAAAGGGUGCCAAUGGAAAUUGCUGGCUGGUUCGUCGUCACACGGAUCAAAAGGUGUUUGCAGUAAAAGAAUUUAGGCGUCGGCGUGAAAAUGAGUCUCAAAGGCAGUACAUGAAAAAAUUGACGAACGAGUAUUGUAUUGGAAGUCUUUUGCAUCAUCCUAAUGUUGUAGAAACUUUGGAUAUUAUAUUCGAAAAGGGUCAUUGCUACGAAGUGAUGGAACUCUGUGAGGGCGGUGAUCUUUUUGAAGCCAUCUCCAGUCACACUAUGACAACAGAAGAGUCGAAUUGCAUUUUUGCUCAACUAAUGCAAGGCGUCGCGUACCUCCACUCGAUCGGUGUCUGUCACCGCGAUCUGAAGCCAGAGAAUUGUCUUUUUGAUUCUAAUAACCACCUGAAAAUCAUCGAUUUCGGGUCAGCGGACGUGGUCAAAUCUCCUUUUGAAACUGAAUGCCGGCGCUCAACUGGCCGAUGUGGAUCGGGCCCGUACAUGGCUCCCGAAGAGUUCACUCAACCCUCCUACGACGGGCGCAAAGUAGACGUUUGGGCGUGUGCCAUCAUAUACCUGGCUAUGAUGUUUCAACGGUUCCCUUGGCAUAGUGCUAAAGGAUCUGACGAGCACUACGCGGCGUAUGUCGAAAACGGUGGACAUUCAAAGUUCUUUGACCGAUUACCCGAUGGUCCUCGACAGAUCUUGUCUAGAAUGUUAGAUCCUAAUCCGGACCGACGUGCUACCAUUGACGAGUGCUUGGAAGAUGAGUGGGUGAAAAGCAUUGUAGUUUGUGAUGAAUGUGUUACAAGGCAUCAGCAUGGAAGGGUUGCAAGGAAUGGUGUAAAAAUGAAAUGAAGGACUUUAGGAAGAAUAAUCAAGUAUAAAUGUGCCAAAUUUUUUUAUAGACGUCCAAAUAUGUGCUACUAAACUGUCUUUUGAAUGGACUCUGUGAGAUAUAAUCCUAAAUGCUCCCCAUUUAAUGGGCUGACCGGCGGGCAGUAACUAAAC